AUGGAGGGCACGCUGGAAAUCAUCGGGGAGGGGAACAAAAUGAUAGUGCUGAAACAGUCAGGCGGGGCGAAGAGCAGAACGCGUUUGAACGACAGCAGGGGGGCAGGCAAGGCGGGAGGGACCCCCUUGAAAGGGAGCCUCUCGCCAGACGCGUACUUCCACAUCUUGAGACACAUCCACUUCUACAGCUACCUAUUUCUAAAAAACUCGGUGAUCAAAGUUGUGAAGGACAGUGAAGUGAAAAAUGUAAACAUCACUCUGCAGUAUUAUUGGCUAAAUAAAAUCUGCUACAGGAAGGUGAAAAUCUUUGAAAAAAACUUGCUUGUUCAUAACAAUUUUGUCGUUUUUGAUUCUCAAUUUAGUGACUUUGUGGGGGACUCACUAAAGUGGUACACACGUGGCAACACGUUGGCUGGUAGAGUUAUCACUCGAGCCAACUACUUCCUAUUUGAUGGGAUGGAAAAAAUUAGGAUGUACUUGCUCAAAAAUUACAACAAAUUUGUCGCCUAUAUGAAGGAAAAUUCUGACCACAUUGUGCAGGACAUUUGGAGAGACAUGAAGGCAUUUAUUAAAAACGCAACUGAUGAGAAAAAAUUGUAUCACCUGAAAAAGUAUAUCGUUUCCUAUUUGAAGCAAAUUAAUUAUAAAGUUAUUUUCCCGCAGGUGUUACACUGCUUUGAGAUGUACAUCAAACGGUUAAAACAUUUUGAACGGUUGAAAAAAAAAAAAAAAAAAAUCACCUGCACAGGCAAGGUAAUAUUUAAGGCAAUUUACGAUUCACAUAAUUUUAUUUAUCGUAACAAGUCGCGGAAAAGUCGCAUAGGGUAUGUGGAGGAGAAUUUAUUUGCCAUUCCCUCCUUUUUGGUUCCAAGCGGUGGCCAUGUAAGCACAGGGGAGUCGCACUUGGGCCUUCCAGAAGGUGCCACACUGGGAGACGCGCCUGAAGUCAGGCCAAACAUAAAUUUCGCAGAUCAAUACGUAAGCGUCGAACUGAAGCUGAAGUGCGGAAUGGAGGACUACGGUGACAUGUUGGACCGAUACAACAUACAGCAGUUAAUAAAACAGAGAGACAGCCACUCAAAGCAGUUGUCCCUCUACGUGCCAAGCAAUUUUUUUCAACUGAAUUAUUGGGAGAUAUUUAAAAAUUUAAAUUCGGUCUUCCUAUCCAAUAGCAAUAAUGUCCGCCUGUACGUGAAUGAGGGAGAAACCACGACGAACGACUGCAUAAACCAACUGAAUCAGAUACAAAUGAACAUGUCGUGGAGGCACGCCAGCAGGUACAACAUUUUGGACUACUGCCAUAGGGUUGGUUCAGGCGCCAUCCUGGAGGGGGGGAGUUGCGGUUUGUUGGCGAACUCCACCCAUGAGAGGCGGCCGCCAUCGAAAUGGCCCCACGGAAGCCGCUCACAUUGGGGUCGCCCCUACGCCAACUACGCCUACCGGAACUACAUUUUCAGCAACAACUUCUUCUUCAAGUACGCCCUUCCGUGCGCGUGCCAGGACCUGCGAAGGGUCCUGUUGAGUCUGAAGAAGGGGGACUACUGCAUGUGCCUCAAAAAAUUGGUCGCCAUAUUGGACAUGUAUAAGCAUAUUUACUACCUCAAUUUGGUCGCCCUGCUGAGGAAGGCGGCGCAUAUCAUUUGCGAGCGAUGCGCCGUAGUAGUCCCAAGGUACCUCCACGACAGUGCGUUCUUGCGGAUUAAAGGAAAGGACAACCCCCUUUGGAAGGUCAAUCUGGCAGAGUGUGAGGAGCACGCGGGGGGAUUCUCCCCUGGCAGUGCUCACCCCCAUGCCAAUCAGCCGCGAAACUACACCACCGCCUCUACCGUGCCAAGUGAUAAAAAGCCCCCCUUUGGGGAGUGGAAAAGGGAUUUACUCCUCCUCCUUAAGGGGGCUCAAACCGACAAGACGAAGUGGAAAAAACUGUUGAAGGUGAGAUUCACCCAGCUGAGGGAGCACUACAACGAAAUGCGUGACACGUAUAGCAGUAUGUUGAAGAAGUUGCAGGAGGAUUACCUGACCAUGUUCAGGCAAAAAUUGGGUGUCCAAAAAAAAACGUGGAGCGAAAUACGCAGCAGGGUUGAAGUUGAAGUUGAAGAAAAUUUCAUUCAUAGGGUUAAAAACGAUUUUGUCUACCUCUACGAUCGGAAGGUGAAGACAAAUUUUUACUACAACUGGUUUAUUACGAACCAGUUUAACCUGACGGUGAAGCUGCACUUCCAGCGGUGCCAGUACCUCCUCGCAGGGCUACUAAAGGAGGUGAAAGUUAUAUGCAGAGAAAAAGGCUACGAAGAGCGGGUCAGCAGAACGAUUGCUCAUCUGCAGGGUAGAGUGAAAAAGGCGCUCUGGAAUUACACAGCAAAAUAUGAGGGCUUCUUCGAAAUAGGGAACAUUUCCCAUUUGAGAGAGCGGGAUGGGGGAAGUACCCACCUGAUAAACUACAUCCUCUUUCGUAAAAAUGAAUUACACAGGGAGAGAUGCAUCCCACAGAUAAGGGAGAAAAGGGAAAGACUAGUCAUACUGACCAACAUCAUAGAAAAGGAGAAAUUUUUAUUUUACAAACUCCUUUACUUCCACUGCUUCAGUGCGGGGCAAGUUCAAAUUGUACAGUGCAUGCUACUAUUGAUCAAAACAUUUGAGAGGUUAUUUUUUUUAAAAAAAAGUGAAGACAUUUUUUCUAGCUUCCCCUACUACCGUGCAAGUUUGGAGAAUUUCACCUCCCCGGAGAGGAAGAACAGCUACAUUGCGAGGAACAGGCACUUGUCCCGUUUCAUUGACGUUAAGCGGGUCAGGCGUCUCUCCCACUGCGUGUUAAGUACCGGUGAGGAGGGGGAUGACGUAACAAAAAACCGGGUAACUAACCGGAGGGGCACGCCCAAACGUGGCGGCUUCACGUACCUACAAAACACGCACUUCAUCCUGGGCAACGAACUCCUCAUCGACGCCAUAGGCACAGUGAGCAGGUUCUCCCAAUCAGAGCUGAGUUACGUCCGAAGCGAAAUGAAAAAUCGCACACGUAAAUUGUAUUACGGGCUCUACCGCAAUGUGAAGCAGUACGGCAAAAAAUACACACCCAUGUAUAAGCCCCGCUUGAGAAGGAGGGUGCACAGGAGGAAGCUCAUUGGAAAUAUGUUAAGCAGCCGAACGUUGGCAAACACGGACCACUUUAACUAUCUAACUAGCGAGCCCUUGAAAUCCAAAUUGAACGGCAGCACAAUUGCAGUGAAACGCAAGAGGGACAUCCCGAAGAAGGCCCUGAGGAUUUACAAAAAUAUGAUCUUCUUCGUUUGCCGCUUUUUAAUAAGUAGGACCCUGUGUGAUAACAGCACCAUUUUUAACAUCUACGCGAGGGAAGACAACAGGUACGACGAUGCGGAAGUGCUGCAGCGGUUGGAAGUCAAUCGGUUUAAGCCACUGAUUGUGAAGCGAAGGGGUAGAAGCCGACCAUCACGCAGAGUGUCAAACGUGACGUAUGCGAAUGGUGUGGACCACCAGGUGGGGGAUGAAGCCGAGGGGGAUCAGCACAGUGGCCCCCCCACACGACUGCAUACCAAAAGGAAGAACAAAAAGUAUAUUCCUACGAAACGGUUCACCUCUUAUGCUUAUCCGCUGAGAAGUACCCAUCUCCGAAGGGAAAAGGAACGAUGCAGCAGAGAGGAUAAUCGGCAAUUUCAAAAGGUGGUGGAGAGUGCCUAUGUGCCUCGCAGGGGUAAGAAGAUAUUUUACCGCAUUAGCUUGAUUGACCUUUCCAUGAAGUCGCUAAGCAAGAUGAGUUACUGGGAGAAGCAGAUGUGCCAGGUGAUCUCCCUCUACAAGAGGCUGUCCGCGCCGUAGUUUCUAGGGUUUCUUUUUUGGUACUCCCCCUCAUUUGGUUUUACUAGCCUUUUUUUGGCCCCCUUUUGCGUUUGCUUUUUUGCCUUUCCUUUUGAUUUUUUUUUUUUUGCUUUUUUUUGUGCGCGUGGGGUUGUCGCCCCUCCGGUCAUUUUCUACAUUUGGCUGCCCCCCCUCGGACAGACAUUGCGCACACCCUACGCGCAGCUCGCCGCACGCUUUUUAAAAAACCCUCCCCCCAAUGCAUUACCUUUUUUUGACAUUCACGUCAACACAACUGACGUGUAGAAGUAAAGUGGUGAACUCACCUCUCUACGGAAGUUUGGCGGCACACCUGAAAGGAGGGGCCAAAUAUGUUCCCCGCUUGGGUGUUCUUCUCACCCCCCCUUUUUAU